AACGCGCCUGCUCGGUGGAUGAUAACACGUGGUUCUUGGCAAGGAACGCAGACAUUGCUUCAAUAAUGGCGGACGGUGGAUGCAAUCCUUCGUUGCGUCUACCCUGCGUUUUCUCGCCAAAAUCACGCCAAUACCUAGCUUCAUUUGCCCAAGAUGGCAGACUCCGUAUAUGGAACACAGAUAGUAAAAUACUUCAUCAAGAAUACGUACCUUCAGCCCACUUGAGUGCCACUUGUACCUGCAUAGUUUGGGGACCAUGCCGAAUCGCCAAGGAGGGACCCCGGAGGAAGAAGAGGAAAUCAGAGGCAGGGCAUGUGGAGGAUUUGGCGGAUCUGUUGGCUCUGGGAACAGUGGCGGGCAGCAUUAUCAUUUACAGCGCAGUGAAGGGGGCACUGCACUGCACACUGGAUGGAGGUCACAAUGGGGGCGUGAACUGUGUUGAGUGGCACCCCGAGGACAGCCUGCUCUACAGCGGCUCAGACGACUCCUACAUCGUAGAGUGGGACCUGCAGACAAGCAAGACCCGCUGUAAGUGGAAGGCGGACCGUGCGUCAGUGACCAGUCUGUGUGUGAGUCCUGAUGGCAAACUGCUGCUCUCAGCGGGACAGACCAUCAAGAUGUGGGACCUCAAGACCAAGGAGGUGUACCGGAAGUUCACAGGUCACUCCACAGCUGUGACGAACCUGCGCUUCGCCACCACGCGUCCCCCGGACAGCAAUGGCCUCUACUUCCUGUCCGGGGCGGCCCAAGACAGACUCAUCAGUGUGUGGCAAGUCCAGGAGGACAGCAAUGACAAGAACUCGGUGGUGUCCUUCACCCUGACGGACGACCCCCAGCACAUUGACCUCUUCACUUCCAACAGCAAGGAAGAG